GGCCAAGUCCACCCUCAACGUGCUGAAAUGGGAAGGAGGCGGGUGUUUUGCUGAUCUGUUAAAUUCUUAGUGAAAUUUCCUUGAUUUCCAGCGGCUGCUGUUGUUUGAGUUUGGUUUGGAGCAAAACUUAGGUUGUCCUGACAUUUCUGGGACUGAAUCUCGGCAAGAGAAAGAAGAAAAAGAAGGAGAAAGAAAAGAGGAGAAAAAAGGUGGGAGAAAGAAAGGGAGGAGAGAAGAGCAGGAAAAGAAAAAAAGGUCCUUUUGCAACAUCACAUUCCUGGGUUUUCCCUCAGCCUGGAAAACGUAUUAAUCCCGGGGCUUUUACGCUCGGAAACAAAAGAACUAAGCCAGACGGUGGGGAAAAGGGUGAUAAGAAGCAUCCUGGAACUUAAAGAGAGAGACACUCAGAAAUAGCUGGGGCUCCUCUUUAAGGGCUGAUCUGUGUCGGUGGGAGAGACCCAGGGACGCACAAGACCAAGCAGAAGCUACAGACAAAUGGAGACGCCAAGAUUUAAAAGGACAGCUCCUUUUGCUUCAGCCUACUUGUCAAGAAGGUAAAAAGAGACAGCAAGGAAGAAAAGCAGAAAAUCCUCUCAGUUCAGAGAACAAGACAGGACUCUGGUGCUACUUGGACAGCUGGGGCCACUGCAAACCCCCUUUGUACUGCUCACCCCUGGAGAGGAGAAAAAAGGGUUGGGAGGAAAAACACUUCAUCUAGGAAGCCGUCUUGGGACCCAACUUCAGCUUUCUUUUUAACCCCUCUGCAUUCCAUCUCUAUGAGCCACAAUUGGAUUACACCAUGACGUGGAGAAUGGGACCCAGUUUCAUCAUGCUGUUGGCUUUGUGGCUGGUAUGUGGAUCAGAACCCCACCUCCAUACCACGAAAAGAGGGAGCCAUGGAGGGCGGAAACUGCCUCUGGUUUCCCAGGUCGGCAGUAGGCCAGCUCGGUUUCUGAGGCGCGCAGGGAGGUCUCAGGGAGUUGAGAGAACCACUCUGGAAGAACCAAGCCUUCAGCCCCUCCAAAGAAGGAGGAGUGUGCCAGUGUUGAGACUAGCUCGCCCAACUGUAUUGCCAGCCUCUGCAGGCAUCAGUGGGGCCCUGGUGAGGCCCAAGAGGAGACCAACGGCCAGAACCCCCCCUCGAGAGAUGGUCCGAGAUGAGGGGUCCUUGGCUCGGUCAAGAAUGUUGCGCUUCCCCUCUGGGUCCAGCUCUCCCAACAUCCUUGCCAGCUUUGCAGGGAAGAACAGGGUGUGGGUCAUCUCAGCCCCUCAUGCCUCAGAAGGCUACUACCGCCUCAUGAUGAGCCUUCUGAAGGACGACGUGUAUUGUGAGCUGGCAGAGAGGCACAUCCAGCAGAUCGUGCUAUUCCAUCAGGCAGGCGAGGAAGGGAGCAAGGUACGGAGGAUCACCAGUGAAGGCCGGGUCCUGGAGCAGCCCCUGGACCCCAGCCUCAUCCCAAAGCUUAUGAGCUUCCUGAAGCUGGAGAAGGGGAAGUUCAGCAUGGUGCUGUUGAAGAAGACACUACAGGUGGAGGAGCGCUACCCUUAUCCAGUCAGACUGGAGGCUAUGUACGAGGUCAUUGACCAAGGCCCCAUCCGCAGGAUAGAGAAGACCCGGCAGAAGGGUUUCGUCCAAAAAUGUAAGGCCUCUGGUGUAGAGGGCCAGAUGGUGGAGGAGGGGAAUGGUGGUGGUGGAGGAGCAGCAAGGCCCAGCCUGGGUGGUGAGAAGAGGAAAGAAGACCUGAGGAAGGCACAGGUCCCACCAACCAGGGACAGUCGGGUGAAGGUGACAAGAAAACCGGCCACCACAACAGUGGCUCCUCCCCCACCACCCCCAACCCCAAGGGUCACUACCCCUUCUCUGGCUCCAACCACAACGGUGACCCGGGCCACGUCUCGGGUGGUAACUGCAGCUGCAAGACCUACAACCACCACUGCCUUUCCGACCACCCAGAGGCCCUGGACCACCUGGACGCACGUCUCCUCACGCUCCCACAGGCCCUCCACCACAGCUGAGGUGAUCACUGCCAGGGGGCCCUCAGCCUCGGAGAAUCUCUAUCCUCCCCCCAGGAAGGAGCAACACAAGGAGAGGCCACAGCCCACCCGGAGGCCCAGCAAGGCCACCAGCUUUGAGAGCUUCACAGCUGCCCCUCCCACCACCAUCUCGGAGCACAGCACAAGGGUUGGCCCAGGCCGUUUCCGGGACAACCGCACAGACAGGCGGGAACAUGGCCACCGAGACCCAAAUGUAGUGCCAGGUCCUCUCAAGCCAACAAAGGGGAAACCUCCCAAAAAGAAGACUCAGGACAAACUUCUUAGCAAUGAGUAUGAGGCCAAGUAUGACCUCAGCCUGCCUACUGCCUCUCACCUGCGGGAGGAGCUGCAGGUGGGCAACAUUCCCCCUAAAAAAGCAAAAGAGUCUAAAAAGCAUGAAAAGCUGGAGAAACCUGACAAGAAAAAAAAGGUGAAGAAUGAGAAACCAGACAAGCUACUAAAGAGUGAAAAGCAAGCCAAGAAGGACAAGGCUGAGAAAAAGAGCAAGCAGGAGAAAGAGAAGAGCAAGAAGAAAAAAGCUGAUAAAACCGAGCAGGAUGGCUACUUGAAACCCACCAUGAAACAUUUCCCUCAGAGUCCCAAGAAGUCAGUGACUGACCUGCUGGGGUCCUUUGAAGGCAAAAGGAGGCUCCUACUGCUCACCACUCCUAAGGCUGAGAACAACAUGUAUGUGCAACAGCGAGACGAAUAUCUGGAAAAUUUCUGCAAAAUGGCCACCAGGAAAAUCUCCGUGAUCACCAUCUUCGGCCCGGUCAACAACAGCACCAUGAAAAUCGACCACUUCCAGCUAGAUAAUGAGAAACCGAUGCGUGUGGUAGGUGAUGAGGACUUGGUAGACCAGCAUCUCAUCAGCCAACUGAGGAAAGCAUAUGGAAUGACGUACAAUGAUUUCUUCAUGGUGCUGACAGACGUGGACCUGAGAGUUAAGCAAUACUAUGAAGUGCCAAUAGCAAUGAAGUCUGUGUUUGAUUUGAUCGAUACUUUCCAGUCUCGAAUCAAAGACAUGGAGAAGCAGAAGAAGGAGGGCAUUGUUUGCAAGGAGGACAAGAAGCAGUCUCUGGAGAACUUUCUAUCCAGGUUCCGAUGGAGGAGGCGGUUGCUGGUGAUCUCUGCUCCUAAUGACGAAGACUGGGCCUAUUCACAGCAGCUCGCUGCCCUCAGUGGUCAGGCAUGCAAUUUUGGUCUACGCCACAUAACCAUUCUGAAGCUCUUAGGCGUUGGAGAGGAAGUUGGGGGAGUUUUAGAACUGUUCCCGAUUAAUGGGAGUUCUGUUGUGGAUCGAGAAGAUAUACCUGCCCAUUUGGUGAAAGACAUACGUAACUAUUUUCAAGUGAGUCCCGAGUACUUCUCCAUGCUUCUGGUUGGAAAAGACGGAAAUGUCAAAUCUUGGUAUCCUUCGCCAAUGUGGUCCAUGGUGAUCGUGUACGAUUUAAUUGAUUCGAUGCAACUCCGGAGACAGGAAAUGGCCAUUCAGCAGUCACUGGGGAUGCGCUGCCCAGAAGAUGAGUAUGCAGGCUACGGUUACCAUAGUUACCAUCAAGGAUACCAGGAUGGUUACCAGGACGACUACCGCCAUCAUGAGAGUUACCACCAUGGAUACCCUUACUGAACAGAAAUAUGUAACCUUAGCCCCAGCUGCUGUCCCCUGCUGCUGCUGAAGCCACAUGUGGCCAGCUACAUAAAGGAGUUUUUCCAUACUGCCUACAUUCCCUGCCUUUCUCUUUCAGUGUUCUUCUAAGACUAAAUAAACAGCAAAUUUUUGCCGA